AUUACGAGGAACAAAACAACACUUCUCUUAGUUCGGAGUUUUGAAAGACAAGAGGAAAAAAACGAAGAAGAUGGUGCAUCCAUUGGUUGAUAGGGCCACAAGUGACCUGCUCAUUGGCCCUGAUUGGGCUAUGAACCUCGAGAUAUGUGACAUGCUUAAUCAUGAGCCUGGGCAAACAAGAGAGGUAGUGAGUGGCAUAAAGAAGAGGCUUACUAGUAGGACUUCCAAGGUUCAGCUUUUGGCUCUUACAUUACUAGAGACAAUUAUGAACAAUUGUGGGGAACUUAUUCAUAUGCAAGUUGCAGAGAAGGAUAUACUUCAUAAGAUGGUGAAGAUGGCCAAAAAGAAGCCUAACAUCCAAGUGAGGGAGAAGAUAUUGAUACUUAUAGAUACUUGGCAAGAGAGCUUUUCAGGUCCACAAGGAAGACAUCCACAAUAUUAUGCAGCAUACCAAGAACUGUUGCGGGCAGGAACUGUAUUCCCUCAAAGACCUCAUACCACACUCAGUUCAGGACAAACUGGUCUUUCGAUAACGUACCCUCAGAGUUCUCGUAAUGCUAGACAAGCAGCUACUGAUACUUCAACAGAGUCAGAAUUUCCAACUUUGAGUUUGACAGAAAUUCAAAAUGCUAGAGGAAUAAUGGAUGUCUUAGCUGAAAUGAUGAACGCAAUAGAUAAAAACAACAAAGAGGGGCUUAAACAAGAGGUUCUUGUAGAUCUCGUUGGCCAAUGUCGCACCUAUAAGCAAAGAGUAGUACACCUUGUAAACUCGACAUCAGAUGAAUCAUUGCUUUGCCAAGGCCUAGCCUUAAAUGACGAUUUGCAGCGCCUACUUGCAAAGCACGAAUCCAUCGCCUCUGGAAACAGUAUGAUAGAAAAGGAAGAUAAAUCUAAAAAGGAAGUUCCUAAGGACACAACUCAGAUCAUAGAUGUUGGUUCAAGUGAAACUAAAGCUUGUACUGUUGUGGCUUCUGCAACAAAUGGUCCAAAAAUAGACCUUCUAAGUGGUGAUGACUUUGAGACUCCGAAUGCGGAAAACUCAUUAGCCCUUGUUCCUCUCGGACCUCCGCAACCAAGUAGUCCCGUAGCAACGCCAGAUAACUCCAUUGUCUUAAUCGAUAUGUUAUCAGAUAACAACUGCGAAAGCUCUACUCCUACUUCGAAUCCACACGCACAGAAUCAGAUGGUGCAACAACAUCACUCAAAUGGAUUUGGACCAGCUGGCCAUCAAGAGCAACCUUUUUAUGGACAAGGGUCAUCUGGUCCUGUUUGGAAUCUCCAAAUUACCCAACAACACCAACAACCAUCUUCUCCUGCCUACGGAAACCAACCCUUUUCGCCUAGCUUUAGCCCGCCUGCCUCUCCUCACUAUGGUGGACAAAACAACAAUGUACUAGCAUUACCCCCACCACCAUGGGAAGCUCAAUCUCCAAGCUCUAGCCCUCAAUACUCUCCUACUCAUCCAAUGCAAGUGACUCAAGUGGUCAUCACCACACACAGUCAUCAACCCUUCGGUUACAACCCUCAAGGCGGGUCUCCUCAUCCCCAGAACAACAACAACAACAACAACAACUUGUUCGGAAUGUUCCUCCCUCCAAUGACAGGAGGCCACAUGCCACCCUUUGGCCACAACCCAAACGUCAUAAACAACAAUUACAAUCCCGCCAUGUACGGAGGAGGCUACGGAGGAGGACAAGCUCAGCCACCACAACAGUACCUUCUAGAACAACAAAUGUACGGCAUGUCUCUUCAAGAGAAUGGAAACAACAAUACAAACCCCUACCAAGUUUCUUCUCAUCAUCAACAACAGCCUUUGGCUCUUAACCAUCCACCAAUGAUGAAGCCAAUGAAUAAGAAACCAGAAGACAAGUUGUUUGGUGAUCUUGUUGAACUCUCCAAGUUCAAGAAACCCACUUCAGGACUAGCUGGUAGUAUGUAAAAUUUCACACCACCAUUUUUUUUUUUACU